GUUCUCUCAAGCCAGUGCAAACUUGCCUGCUAUAUUAUGCCUUACUCUGCCUACAACAGUGCUAAGUAAAAAGGCACUUUGAUAGGCACUUGUGUCUUUAUGAUGCAAUGUAAUUAUAUAUUUAUCACAAAAAAGCAUCGGUGAUGUUUAUAUAGUUAAUAUCUAGUAAUAAUAAGAACUAGUUAAAAACCCACUUUUAGCCAAAUGAGGCUGCAGAGAAGGGAGGAUCGAGGAUAAUAUCUAGCCAAUGAGGUUGGAUCAAGGAUAGUCAAACAUGGAGAGAUCAAGGAGCAUCAAGUCACGGUCUACUUAUGUUGGUUCUUUGGGAGGAACCUCUGUCAGAUCUAAGAAUAGUUCAGCUUCCAGUGAGGAUAAAACUAAGGUUGUGAAGGAUUGCUGUAGAUCUGUUGUAGAGUUCUUAUUCACACAGGUUGGAGUUGGUGCAUUAGUGGUGAGCUAUACUAUAGUUGGAGCAAUAGCAUUUCAGGCAAUUGAGACACAGAACAAGGAGGAUUUGAUAAAAGAGGUGGAAGAAUCCCGGAAAAGGAUUGUUGAAGAUCUUUGGAAUAUUACAAGCAUGUUCAACGUACUAUAUUCAAGUACCUGGGAGAGGCAUAUUCAGAUAAAGUUAUUAGAGCAUCAGAAAAGCAUGGUUGGGUAUAUACAAAGUGGGUACGAUGAACUUCGUGUAGAGGAUAGAUGGACUUUCCCUGCUGCGCUCAUGUUCACACUUUCUGUAAUUACAAUGAUUGGUUAUGGGAACAUGGUACCAAGAACAGAUUGGGGGAAGAUUGCCACCAUUAUUUAUGCAAUUAUUGGUAUCCCAGUAUACUUUUUAUACUUCAUGAACAUGGGUAAGGUGUUUGCUAACUGUUUUAAAUGGAUCUACCGUAGAAUACACGGGUGUACUGUUAGAAAGCAAAUAGAUUACAGUACAAUGGAAGAUGAUGAGGUAUUUAAGCAAGAACAGAUAAUGAUUCCGUCUACAGCAUGUAUCUGGGUUCUCUUGGUUUACUUGUUCACGGGAACAAUCAUGUUUGCAGAAUGGGAGGGAUGGAAUUAUCUGGAUAGUGUCUACUUUUGUGUAACAUCUCUAUGCAAGAUAGGUUUGGGGGAUUUUGUGCCGGGCACAAAUUUCGCUGGAGAAACGGAGAAAAUGAACAAGGCUAAACUAAUCAUAAACUUUGUUUAUCUGCUAGUUGGAAUGGGAGUUAUAGCAAUGAACUAUUAUCUUCUCAAGGAGGAGGUGGUGCUAAGGAUUGAACGAAUGAAACGGAAAGUGACAGAAUAUUGUCGCUACAGAGACAAAUAAAAAUGUUGUCAUUUAUAAAUUAGAUUUUAUUGUAUUUAUAAAAUCAUGUCUGUGGAAUUAGUAUUUUUGUCAAAAAUGGUUUAGAAUUAAGUUCAAUAGAAAAGAAAAGCAUUUCACAUAAAGCUCAAAUCUAAAAUUUCAAAUAAAGAAAUUGAGUUCUUGCCAAAAAUUCUAAUAUUCAAAUGGUAUGUAUA